AUGUUUUUGUCGAAACUUAGGUUAGCGGCUAAACGAACAGAUAUACGACCGUUUCACAAGCAUAUCUUCACAGAAAAAGUAUUGGAUAGACUCUAUAGUACUACAGUUACGGUGAUGAUUGGUGGUGCACUAUUCAUGACAUCGUAUGCAAUGGUUAAUAUUAUUAUGUACUACAAAGUAGUGAAACCUAUAAGAAAAGCUGAUCAAGAACGAUUAGAGAAAGAUUUAGUUGAGGCUGAUGAAGCGGGUUUUUCUUUCAAGAAAUAG